AUGCCGCGUCCGGGCCCCCGCCUGUGGCUGGUCCUGCAGGUGAUGGGUUCGUGCGCCGCCAUCAGCUCCAUGGACAUGGAGCGCCCGGGCGACGGCAAGUGCCAACCCAUCGAGAUCCCGAUGUGCAAGGACAUUGGCUACAACAUGACCCGCAUGCCCAACCUGAUGGGCCACGAGAACCAGCGCGAGGCCGCCAUCCAGCUGCACGAGUUCGCGCCGCUGGUGGAGUACGGCUGCCACGGCCACCUCCGCUUCUUCCUGUGCUCUCUGUACGCGCCCAUGUGCACCGAGCAAGUCUCCACCCCCAUCCCCGCCUGCCGGGUCAUGUGCGAGCAGGCCCGGCUCAAGUGCUCCCCGAUCAUGGAGCAGUUCAACUUCAAGUGGCCCGACUCGCUGGACUGCAGCAAGCUCCCUAGCAAGAACGAUCCCAACUACCUGUGCAUGGAGGCGCCCAACAACGGCUCAGACGAGCCCUCCCGGGGCUCCGGCCUGUUCCCGCCCCUCUUCCGGCCGCAGCGGCCGCACAGCGCGCAGGAGCACUCGCUCAGGGACGCGGGCCCGGGGCGCGCCAGCUGCGACAACCCGGGCAAGUUCCACCACGUGGAGAAGAGCGCGGCGUGCGCGCCGCUCUGCACACCCGGCGUGGACGUGUACUGGAGCCGCGGCGACAAGCGCUUCGCGGUGGUGUGGCUGGCCGUCUGGGCUGUGCUGUGCUUCUUCUCCAGCGCCUUCACCGUGCUCACCUUCCUCAUCGACCCGGCGCGCUUCAGGUACCCCGAGCGCCCCAUUAUCUUCCUGUCCAUGUGCUACUGCGUCUACUCCGUGGGCUACAUCAUCCGCCUCUUUGCCGGCGCGGAGAGCAUCGCCUGCGACCGGGACAGCGGGCAGCUCUAUGUCAUCCAGGAGGGGCUGGAGAGCACAGGCUGCACCCUGGUCUUCCUGGUCCUCUACUACUUCGGGAUGGCCAGCUCACUGUGGUGGGUGAUUCUCACGCUCACCUGGUUCCUGGCCGCGGGCAAGAAGUGGGGCCAUGAGGCCAUCGAGGCCAACAGCAGCUACUUCCACCUGGCAGCCUGGGCCAUCCCAGCGGUGAAGACCAUCCUGAUCCUGGUGAUGCGCAGGGUGGCGGGCGAUGAGCUCACCGGCGUGUGCUACGUGGGCAGCAUGGACGUGAACGCUCUCACCGGCUUCGUGCUCGUCCCGCUGGCCUGCUACCUGGUCAUCGGCACGUCCUUCAUCCUGUCCGGCUUCGUGGCGCUCUUCCACAUCCGCAGGGUGAUGAAGACGGGCGGGGAGAACACCGACAAGCUGGAGAAGCUCAUGGUAAGGAUCGGCGUCUUCUCUGUGCUCUACACCGUGCCGGCCACCUGUGUGAUCGCCUGCUACUUUUACGAGCGCCUCAACAUGGAGUACUGGAAAAUCCUGGCCACCCAGCACAAGUGCAGAAUGAACAACCAGACCAAGACUCUGGACUGUCUGAUGGCCGCUUCCAUCCCGGCCGUGGAGAUCUUCAUGGUGAAGAUCUUCAUGCUGCUGGUGGUGGGUAUCACCAGCGGGAUGUGGAUCUGGACGUCCAAAACCCUGCAGUCGUGGCAGAACGUCUGCAGCCGCAGGUUCAAGAAGAAGAGCAAGAGGAAACCCGCCAGUGUGCUCACCAGCGGUGGGAUUUACAAAAAAGCCCAGCAUCCCCAGAAAACCCAUCUCGGAAAAUAUGAAAUCCCUGCCCAGCCUCCCACCUGUGUGUGA